UGGCUCUGGUAAGUUUAUAUCAAACAGAAGUGAUUGGAGCAAAGCGCAAGGUAGCAAAAACUACCAAUUUCCUGUCACCUGGUAUCCAUCGGAAACACCAGCCCCAGGCCGGGUCUGUCGCAUUCACACUCCAGGACUCCAGAAACUAAGACGUGUACCCAACUCAGAGGCAAACAUCCAAAUCGCCCCUCAAGCCUUGAAGCCUCAGAGACCCAGAGUGCUCAGGACAAGAUGACGGCACCUCAAAAUUCCACAAGUGGAGCUUUCCCCGUGGAGCCUUCAAAGGGUCCUAUUUCCAAGCAAGCUGCUCCUGAAGUAAACUUCAGGAGGAUGCUGUCCACGAUGGGCCCCACGCAGAGCUUCUUUAUGAGGGAGUCAAAGGCGCUGGGGGCCAUCCAGAUCAUGAAUGGGCUCUUCCACUUUGCACUGGGGGGCCUCCUGAUGAUCCCCAUGGGUGUCCACGUGCCCAUCUGUGUGGCCGUGUGGUAUCCUCUCUGGGGAGGCGUAAUGUUCAUUAUUUCUGGAUCACUCCUGGUCGCUGCAGAAAAAACCUCCAGGAACAGUCUGGUCAGAGUGAAAGUGAUAAUGAACUCGCUGACCCUCUUUGCUGCCAUUUCUGGAAUAAUACUCUUGAUCAUGGAUAUAUUUAAUAUUAAACUUUCCCAUUUUCUAAAAAUGGAGCGACUGAGUUUUAUUAAGACUCCCGUGACAUAUAUUAACAUAUACAACUGUGAACCAGCCAUUCCCUCAAAGGAAAGCCUCCCAUCUACGCAAUACUGUUACACCAUACAGUCCGUGUUCCUGGGCAUUUUGUCAGUGAUGCUGAUCUUUGCCUUCUUCCAGAAACUUGUGGCCGCUGGCAUUGUUGAGAAUGAAUGGAAAAGACUGUGCUCCAGACCCAAAGCUAGCAUGGUUCUGCUGGCAACUGAAGAGAAAAAAGAACAGACAGCUGAAAUAAAGGAAGAAAUAGUUGAGCUAAUUGAAGUGUCUUCCCAACCCAAAACUGAGGAAGAGAUUGAAAUUAUUCCAGUCCAAGAAGAAGAGGAAGAAACUGAAGUAAACUUUCCAGAACCUCCACAAGACCAUAUACAGGAAUCUUUUUCAGUGGAAAAUGACAUCUGUCCUUAAACUAUUUCCCCUGCUUUCUGUUCUCUCUUUUCAAGCAUUAUGGUUUAUAGCUUCCAAAAAAACAGCUAAUAUGUCUCUGCACUUCUCUCCAUAUUUGCAUUUUUCAUUGCCAAAGAGCCUCUGGUCUCAUAUUAUUCAGAAUGUAGAAAAUGUAGCUGAACAUUUUGUAAUGUUUCUGGUUCAGAUAAUCUUUCCUAUACUGGGGAGAGGUAGAAAAUAAAUGCUGCAGUAAAUGAUUUACUACUAUAUUUUUCCCUGGAUGGGUUUUUUAUUAGCAACAGCAGUAUUGUUUUAAUUUCUCCCAGCAGCAAAUGGAAAACUCUGAACCUGAUGGAGGUGGUCUGGGUUCUCUGUCCAUCCCUAAUUUCUCUGAACUCCUUCUGCAUCUAAAUUUCUGGUGAAGUCCUUUUGCCUCGUUGUUUUAAUAAUUAUAAUAAUAAAGAUGUGUGAGAAAACA